AUGAAUCAGGGCACUUUGACACUUGCGUGGGUGCUGCUGCUACUGCUUCCAGCCAGCGGCCAGGAUGUGGCCCGUCUUCUACGAGGUCGAUGUGCACCGUCUCCCUCUUCAUCAAGGAGUCCAGGACCCUACAGACCCCGACACAUGCAUCAUAUGCUUAGAGCCCCUGAAUUGCACAACGGUCUACCACCAGCUACCGUGCGAGCACAGAUUCCAUCAGCCGUGCAUCGACCCCUGGCUCUGCAACCACGACACCAGCUGUCCGCUCUGUCGGGCCCAGUUCUACCAUCUGCGACGGCGGAUCCAGCCCGCCCACCGUGCAGUACAGCAGCAACCCCUCCCUCCGACCCCGCGGCCAGUCUCUCGUUCCUGGUUCAAGCCCCUCUCAUCAUCAUCGCCAGCGCUCUCGUCGCAGCAGACCUCAUUCCUCAUACCGCUGCGGCGACCUCGCUGACGGGUGGUCCUCUCUUUCUCGAGCUCAUCCCGAUCGCGCUCUUGGCGUUCCAGUCGGCAGGCUGUCUGGCCGCGACUCGCUUCCUGGGCUUCAGCGACAUUCCGAUCGUCGUGCUGACGAGCGUGUACUUCGAUAUCGCCUCCGACCCGCAUCUGCUUCGUUCGCCACUGAAAAAUGCCGAGAGAAACCGGCGCGUAUGCGGUGCGGUAUAA